UCCUGGUGUUCAGAACGUUGCUGUGAAAUAUAAUGCCAAAGCCCUGGCAGAUCUGGGUAACAGUGUAAAGAAAAAAGCAUGAAGUGAGAGCAUGGAGAUGAAAAUCUACUGGUUUGCGGUCUAUUGCAACACAAGGAGGAACUAUACUGCUGUGUGUGACCAGAAAAAAGGGGCAGGGCAUGACUCUAACUUGAUAACCCUGCAGUGUGCGGUAUUCAGAGGAACGCCUUUCAGUUUCUGAAAGUGACAUCUAAACAAACACAGCAAAAAAUAGAAAGAAACCAUGGAUUAAAGCGGCACUGGGCAUCAGGACACAUCAACUAAAGUAGGUAUACAAAAAAGUAAAUAAAUACAGCGGGUAUCAUGACCUCCAACGAACACAGACCAAGUACCCGCUUAAGCCUCCGCUCACACUCAACUAUACGUUACGGCUCUAUGGGCUCGGAGGAACCAGAAAGCAAUGCAUUAUCCACGCAAACAACUGCCAUCUCUCAGAAACGCUCUUACAUCGCAGUGGCAGUGCUCUGUUAUAUUAAUCUCCUCAACUAUAUGGACCGUUACACUAUAGCAGGUGUGCUGCUUAACAUCCAGAAUUACUUUGGAAUCCCUGACAGCACAUCUGGCCUCCUGCAGACAGUUUUUAUCUGUAGCUUUAUGUUCUUGGCGCCAGUUUUUGGUUAUCUUGGAGAUCGCUACGACAGAAAGCUAAUCAUGAUCGCUGGGCUGAUUGUGUGGAUUGUCACAACAUUGGGCAGCUCUUUUGUAAAAAAAACGCACUUCUGGGUUCUCGUCCUGACAAGGGCCUUGGUUGGGACAGGAGAAGCCAGUUACUCCACCAUAGCUCCUACUAUCAUUGGUGACUUGUUCACUGGUACCAAGAGAACUCUCAUGAUCUCCUUCUUCUACAUCUUCAUACCAGUCGGAAGUGGUCUUGGAUAUAUUUUGGGGGCAACUGUAGCUAAUGCAACAGGGGAUUGGCGUUGGGCACUGAGGGUCAAUCCAGCACUGGGAGGACUGGGUCUGCUGCUUCUGAUUUUUUUGAUUCCAAAUCCUCCUCGUGGAGCUUCUGACAACCAAAAUGGAGCAACCAUAGAAAGCACAUCUUAUAUUGAGGACAUCAAGUACCUCCUGAAGAAUCGGAGUUUUGUCUGGUCUUCUCUUGGUGUGACUGCUAUGGCUUUUGUCACAGGGGCUCUGGCCUUCUGGACCCCCACCUUCCUGUCUCGCGCACAGGUUACUCAGGGUCUCAGACCAAAAUGCAAAGAAGAGCCCUGUAACCCUUUAGACAGUUACAUCUUUGGAGGUAUCACAGUGGUGACUGGGAUUGUUGGAGUGUUUCUGGGCACCUGCAUAUCAAAGCAGCUGAGAGACAGAGUGCCCAACGCAGACCCCCUCAUCUGCGCAGUAGGCAUGCUCAGUUCCUCCCCCUGCUUUUUUCUUGCCAUCAUCCUGGCUGCCACCAGCAUCCCUGCCACAUACACAUUCAUCGCUAUUGGAGAGACUUUGCUGUCCCUCAACUGGGCUAUUCUGGCAGACAUUCUGCUGUAUGUUGUUGUGCCUACUAGAAGAGCUACAGCGGAGGCCUUACAGAUUAUGGUCUGUCAUCUCCUUGGAGAUGCAGGAAGUCCAUACCUCAUUGGCAUGAUCUCAGAUGCUCUGCUCAAGUACAAUCCAGAAUCUCCCAGCUGGGAUUUCCGUAGACUGGAAUAUAGCGUUCUUCUGUGUCCAUUCAUUGGGGUCCUGGGAGGCCUGUUUUUCCUAAUGACCUCUCUGUAUAUCAAAGAGGACAGGAAAGCAGCAGAACUGCUGGCUUCAGGACAAGCUCCCGAACCACCAGAGACAACCACAGAGUCAGUGUGACCUUUUAAAGGCCAACAAAGACCUUGGAUGAGCUUUGCAGCAUCAAGCUUGUUAUUGCAUAUGCGAAUGCAGGUAACGAGACACUGAUUAAUAGACAGAAUCAUUGAUUAUGCAAGGAACAUGUACAAGUUUACAACACACAAACACUGGACUGCAAUCUUUCACAAAGAAAAAAAAAAUUAGGCAUUGCGUUUUUAUCUAUUAAACAUUUUUGUAAUCGUAAUGACUUACACUUGUGCCUUAACAUGAUCCUGCUUACACGUUUUCCUGCUUACACGUGUAGUUUUGUCAUUUUUACCCAUUUAUGUUAAACAAAAUAUUGACAGGCAAAGCUGGGGAUACCAUGUACUUGUCAUUAGAAGCUUUCCUCCUGCUUUUUUUUUCUCUCGGCAGCUGUGUGCUACUAAUGAGAGCCUCAGGGGAACAAGGGGUAGAACAUCCCCUUCUGGACUAAAACUGAAAGCUUGAAAUACUGUAUGUACAAAAAUUAGCCCUCCAGUGUACGGUCAGAGACUUGAAAUGCGUGGCAAAUUAAUAGGCCAUUUAAAUGCCAUAAUUAUUUUUUGUACUGUUUUAUUUCAUGUACUUUUGCAAAGAAAUAAAAAAAUGUAUAUGCUUUUUA